AUGAGCAAAUUUGGUAUAGUCAUUGAUGUGGACUGCGUUUACAAUAUGGAUGAUCCUCCAAAAAUGCCUCCGGGUUCAAAUAAAACCCUCUAUCAGUUUGCCUACUUUACAUGCCAAGACCGAGUUUGUCAUACAGAUUCUGAUGACGAUACAUAUGUCGCUUUUUGUGCCAUUGUUUUAGGACAAGCUAUCUGCACGGCUAACUUGUGGGCUUUCUGCGUUGUUUAUCGAAGCACGAGAAUGGGUGCGAAUGUGAAAGUGAAUCUUUUAUGGAAUACCGCGUUGCGAGCUGUCCGAGGGCUACUCGAUGUUUACUUUGCGAGUUGUAUUUUGAAAUGGACAGCUCCAGCUCUCUUCUGGGAUGAGCCUCCAUUGAAGCCUCAUUGUCUCUCGAUGGCCAAUUAUCCAUGGAGUGGAGCCAUGCUCAACCAGAUUCUCAGCACUUUCUAUCUAGGCACAGCUGUCACUUGCCAAUGUCUUGAACAUUUGAUCACUAUCAGCAGAGAAGACAAUCCCGAAAAGGAUGCCGUGAGGACUGUGGCUUCUACAACA